AUGAAACACGGAUUGGCAGCAUUCAAUGUCGACCGAUCAGAGCGCUAUGAGAUCACUGCUAGCUUACUGAGCAAACAAAAUAAAGAGUUAGACGACCAGCUCAGUAUUUUCCAGGACAGGCUCAUCGAAUUCGCAAAAGACCAUAAUGCCGAGCUCAAGGAAAACCCUGACUUCAGAAUGAAAUUCAUCAAAAUGUGCACAUCUAUAGGUAUUGACCCCAUAUGCUUGUUUGACAAGGAACGGCAUUUGUUCGACGUGAACGACUUUUUCUAUGAAAUUUGUGUGAAAGUAAUUGAGUUAUGCCGGAAAACAAAGGACUUGAAUGGAGGUGUAAUAUCGUUUGAUGAACUGCAUAAGGGUUACUUUGAGAAAUUCAAAGUUGAAAUGAACGAUUUACAGAGAGCAGUUGAAAUGUUAGAGGUAUUGGAUGGUGGAUUCGAGGUAUUUACUAUAAAAGAUAAAAAGUAUCUUAGAAGCGUGCCCAAUGAAUUGACUAAUGAUCAAACUAAGAUUUUGGAGGUCUGCUCGAUCCUUGGAUAUGCUAGCACAUCUCUGUUAAAGCUGAACCUUGACUGGAAACCGGUAAGAAGCGACGCCGUACUUAAAGAAAUGGUCGCGAAUGGAAUAUUGUGGGUCGAUAUUCAGGCUCCAGGUGAAACACUUUACUGGGACCCUGCAUGGAUCGCUCGCUCAGAUUUCUUCAGGAUGUCCUUGUAA